CAAACCGUCUACACAGCUUGAAAACACCUUGAUGAUUGAGCUUCAAAGGUUAAUAAACUUUGUACAUUAACUCUGCUCUAUCCAAGCCCCCAAGGCUUGGGUGUGGGUUUGGACGGCAAUGCACUCUCCAUAUAUAUACCUGACAGUAUCAACAUGCCUCUCUGAUGUUCUCAUCAGACAGGAUGCUCUCUCGUCUUCUUCUGAGCACUCUGAAACGACCAUGAUGUCUCCCCGCCAGCCUCAAGGCCCACAGCCGAAUGCCUUGAACUCAUCCUCAUCAACUGAAUCACCAUACAUCGAUGCCAUAACGCCCUCCUCCCCAGCCAUGUAUAGACAACUAUCAGAGAAUCAACCCCUACAUUCACAGCCAUUCUACAAACCACGCCAGCCCGAGCCAUUAUCUCCAACAACUCAGACUCAAUCACCAAACACCACGACCACCUCCCCAACAACACGCAGACCACCAUACCCACGGAUUGCACAGUUCCUCAACAAACCUCACCACUGCGAUGAACCCAAAACCCCUUCCACCACCCAAACCAAAUCCCAAAAAGACUCCUUGGAAAAUUGCAAACACGUCAUCGUCACCGCGAGCAUAGUCACCGCCGCUUUCGUGAUAUGCCUAUUCGUUCUAAGUUUCCUCGUCGCCAUUCACCUGAACGCGAGCACGAAAGCCUUGAAUAAAUUCAACGAACAAAGCUUAGAGGCAGGAAAUGGGUUUGGAGUGAUUGCAGAGGAAGAUAUGAGGGGUGUGGAAACCGUAACAGAGGUUCAGAUGGUGACGACCACGGAGAGACACACUGUUAUGGAUAGAGUGGAAAAGACUGUUACGAAGGUGCAUACGGUUACGAUGACGGAGAAAGAGAAGCAUGCGGUGACGGUGAUGGGAAGUGGUGUUGUCAGUACGGCUACCGAGUUGGUGAUCUUUGUAUCGGAUACAUGAACGAGCAGACAGGCAAGGAAGUACACGGCGUUCAAAAUUAAUAGAAGGCGGGAUAUAGAAAUGGUAUAGACACAAUUCAAAUGCUAUACCAUAGUGAGUUGUCCACACAAUUCUCGAUAGCUCCUCCUCGGACUCUAGCAUCCGUGUCCGAGAGACCAUCACCUAAGCGACUUCCACAAUCUGAGAUCAAGACAAGAAAGAAAGGAUUGCUAAACCUCUCACUUGGACUGCCGCGUUUUGACGUGAAGCUGUCUGACGCUCACUCGA